CUACCUUGGGCAUCCUUUCAAACUGCUGCUGGCUGUCUUCUUUCAACCGUGCUGGGAACAUGGGAGCUUCUGUGCCCUUACUGACAGGCUGGAUACCACUGUGGGAUCCCACUGAAACGUGUCCGUUCUUCUCUCAAAUUCUGGGGUUUCUGCAAGUCAUCUGAGCCAAGGUCCCUUCUGAAACACUCUCUCUCUCUUCCCCCCACUCUUAAGGAUACUGAUUGGGAUUUAUUUUGUGUUUUUUUUUCCAUCUCAGAUAUUGCUAUACAUACUGGUUUCUUAUCAUCACCUGCCAUGGUUAACUUUCCUGUGACUCGGUUUAACUCUUGAGAUCUACAUGGAUAUUGCUAAGAGCACUUUUCUUCCCUCUCACGUACCUUUCUGGGGUUGGAUUUGCUAUUAAUUGGACUCUGUGUGCCUGCGCGUGUGUUCUGAUUGCUUUGACAAUUUGCUUUUCUUGACAAGAACUAUGCAUUAACUGUAACCAAGACCUGUGAAUAAUCAUAGGCUUGGCAUGACCUUGAUUUUUGGGGCUUUGCUGGAAGAUCUGAUGAUGUGAUUGCAUUUCACAAGGCGAUUGCUCUCCAUCCACUGUUUAAGCCACUUUUCCAGCUUCUGUGACACAGUCACUUAUGGACAAAUCUGACUUUUUUUUUAAAUAAGCCCCCUGGUGUUUUCCUUUUCCUGUUACAUGGUAGGAGCCUUAUUUUAUACUUUGAUGUGAUUUAUAGCCCUGCCUUUCUUUGUGGUUGAUUUUUGUUUGAAAAUACAAUGGCUCUGAGUGGAAACUGCAGGACUUACCUCCCUGCUAGAGAACAAGGGGCUGGUCUUCACUCUUUUCCUGAGGUGGUGGAGCUAAAUGUGGGUGGCCAAGUUUACUUCACUCGCCAUUCCACCCUGAUAGGCAUCCCCCACUCCUUGCUGUGGAAAAUGUUCACCCCGAAGAGAGACACAGCCAAUGAUCUAGCCAAGGACUCCAAAGGAAGGUUCUUCAUUGAUAGGGAUGGCUUUCUUUUCCGCUACAUUCUGGACUAUCUCAGGGACAAGCAAGUGGUCCUGCCUGACCACUUCCCAGAGAAGGGAAGGCUCAAGAGGGAAGCUGAAUACUUCCAGCUCCCAGACUUGGUCAAACUCCUUACUCCUGAUGAUAUCAAGCAAAGCCCUGAUGACUAUUGCCACAGCGAUUACGAGGAGGUUUCCCAAAGCAGUGACACAAGAAUAUGCCCCCCAUCAUCGCUCUUACCUUCUGACCGAAAGUGGGGAUUCAUUACCAUUGGGUACAGGGGGUCAUGCACCAUCGGCAGAGAGAGCCAAGCUGAUGCCAAAUUCAGGAGAGUUCCACGGAUUUUGGUUUGUGGAAGGAUUGCUCUAGUCAAAGAGGUCUUUGGAGAAAGUUUGAAUGAGAGCAGAGACCCCGAUAGGGCUCCGGAAAGAUACACCUCCAGGUUCUAUCUCAAGUUCAAGCACCUAGAGAGGGCUUUUGACAUGCUGUCAGAAUGUGGAUUCCACAUGGUGGCCUGUAAUUCCUCAGUAACGGCUUCUUUUGUCAAUCAAUACACAGACGACAAGGUCUGGUCCAGCUAUACUGAAUACGUCUUCUACCGUAAGUACAAGCUAUUUGCAGUGCAAAAAUUAAUCAUCUGCUUAAAGUCGGUCUUUUUUCAUAUUUUUCUUGGUUUCAAAGCACGGGCAGACUUGAUUUUACUGUAUCUGUUGCUGACGGAAGUUGUCUUUUGA